AUUUAAACAACAACGUUGUAAACAACAACAACAAAAUAACCAGUUUGUCACCUAAGCCUAGCCCGACGAAACAAACCCCGCCAAAAGCUAUCCCGAACCAUUGGCCCCAGCCAGGCCCAACAACCGAUAGCUUUGGGACCCCGAAAACUCCGCUCGGGCCUAAAAAGUUUUCUGGACCCCCGCCCCUUACUAACGGAGGAAAUAGAACGAUUGGAAAUAGACGGGCUCAUUCUAGGGAGCGCCAUACAAUGCCAAUAUGUGUAGAAAAUUCUGAAUAUUUUCGACUGCCAGGAGUUGGUCAACAAACAGGAGGUCAACCUCGACCUCCUCCAGUUGCUGGAGGUCAGCCUCGAAUUCCCCAGGGACCUGGACCCCUUCCGGUCAAACCGUUCUCCGACUAUAUAGACACAGCUAGCCUGGCAACUAGAUCUUUUAGUGUUGAUCCGAAACCGUCCUAUAGUUCCGACUAUAGUGAUACUAGUCUAGAUUCGGGGAAAUUUAGUGCCUCGACACCUCCAACCCCCUCGCAGAGAUAUUUUCCGCCUACCUCCCCCGCCCCAGCUCCAAGAUAUCGAAGUGCUUCAGCUCAGCGAUAUGUUGACCCACAGCCGGCGCCUAGAGGACUGGCGCCACUUGGACAAGCGUCAUCAGCUCUUUUACGCCGUGCCAGGGUGCUCUGUGAGUAUAAACAGAACAGGAGCAAUGAGAUAAGCCUGAGUAAGAACGAGAUGGUUUGGGUGGUUGAGGGGGGAGAAGGAGGUUCUGGUGAGUGGUGGAGAGUUCAAACUGAGAUUGGGAGGGUUGGAUUCUUUCCAGCUAACUUUCUUAGAGUUGUGGACAGUCCUACUUAAAGUAGAAUUCUUCUCAACGUAGUGAACAGUCCUACUUAAAGUAGAAUUCUUCUCAAAGUUGUGAACAGUCCUACUUAAAGUAGAAUUCAUCUCAAAGUUGUGGACAGUCCUACUUAAAGUAGAAUUCGUCUCAAAGUUGUGAACAGUCCUACUUAAAGUAGAAUUCUUCUCAAAGUUGUGAACAGUCCUACUUAAAGUAGAAUUCUUCUCAAAGUUACGAACAGUCCUACUUAAAGUAGAAUUCGUCUCAAAGUAGUGAACAGUCCUACUUAAAGUAGAAUUCUUCUCAACGUAGUGAACAGUCCUACUUAAAGUAAAAUUCUUCUAAAAGUUGUGAAGAGUCCUACUUAAAGUAGAAUUCUUCUUAAAAUUGUGAAGAGUCCUACUUAAAGUAGAAUUCUUCUUAAAAUUGUGAAGAGUCCUACUUAAAGUAAAAUUCUUCUAAAAGUUGUGAACAGUCCUACUUAAAGUAGAAUUCGUCUCAAAAUUGUGAAGAGUCCUGCUUAAAGUAGAAUUCUUCUCAAAGUUGUGAAGAGUCCUACUUAAAGUAGAAUUCUUCUCAAAGUUGUGAAAAGUCCUACUUAAAGUAGAAUUCUUCUCAAAGUUGUGAAAAGUCCUGCUUAAAGUAGAAUUCUUCUCAAAGUUGUGAAAAGUCCUACUUAAAGUAGAAUUCUUCUCAAAGUUGUGAAAAGUCCUACUAAAAGUGUAGAAUUCUUCUCUUAAGUUGUGAACAGUCCUGUUCAAGAAUAAGAUUCUUCUUAGAGCUCUAACUAAAUUAAGAUUUUAUUGAUAUUGUAAGAAAAAGUACAAAAAAUCCAAAUUAACGACUCUUUCCUCUCAUUGAUUGCUCAUUACAAUACUCUGUUUAUAUUAUUGUUCUCUUUUCAACAUUUUUACCAGACUUUUUCAUCCUUAUUGAAGUUAUCGUUUAGUUUCUAAUCAAUAACGAUCAGCUAGAUGUUAGCUUAAAGCCUUUCUCAAAAUCAAAUAAAGGUUAUGAAUUUUUGCCACAAACUCCAAUUUUUAAAUCCAUAAUCUUUGCAACGCCCUUUGAUAUUUCAAACCAUGAAUUAUGCUAGACUGGCUGGAUUGCUUUAAAUUGCCCAUGAAAUGUAAAAUAAAUUUUAUUG